CUGUUUGAGAAAUUUGUGUGGCAAAGAGUAACAGUAAGAAGAGAGUGUGCUGAGAUAAGGAGAUUGUAGUAGAGAGAAGAAAAAAAAAUUUAGAAAAAAUGGCCUCAGCAUCUCUACUAAAAUCAUCCCCAACAGUUCUUGACAAGUCUGAGUUUGUAAAAGGGCAAAGCCUUCGUCAAACUUGUGUCUCAGUUGUUCGCUGCCACCCCACCAAUGCUCCUUCUCUCAUUGUCCGCGCUGCUUCCCCGUAUGCUGAUGAGCUUGUUAAGACCGCUAAAACCGUUGCAUCACCAGGACGCGGAAUUUUGGCUAUGGAUGAAUCCAAUGCUACCUGUGGAAAGCGUUUGGCUUCAAUUGGUUUGGAAAAUACUGAGGCUAACCGCCAAGCUUACCGUACCCUGCUUGUGACAGCUCCAGGACUUGGACAGUACAUCUCUGGUGCUAUUCUUUUUGAGGAGACUCUCUACCAAUCAACCGUUGAUGGCCGCAAAAUAGUUGAUGUUCUUGUUGAACAAAACAUUGUUCCUGGUAUCAAAGUUGACAAGGGUUUGGUUCCCCUUGCUGGUUCAAAUGAUGAGUCAUGGUGUCAAGGUCUUGAUGGCCUCGCCUCCCGCACUGCUGCAUACUACCAACAGGGUGCACGUUUCGCCAAAUGGCGUACCGUGGUGAGCAUUCCCAACGGACCAUCUGCAUUAGCUGUGAAGGAAGCAGCAUGGGGUUUGGCUCGCUACGCUGCCAUUUCUCAAGAUAGUGGUUUGGUCCCAAUUGUGGAGCCAGAGAUUUUGUUAGACGGUGAACAUGGUAUUGACAGGACUUUUGAGGUAGCCCAGAAGGUUUGGGCUGAGGUCUUCUUCUAUUUGGCGGAGAACAAUGUUAUGUUUGAGGGUAUCCUCCUGAAGCCGAGCAUGGUCACUCCUGGUGCUGAAUGCAAAGACAGGGCCACUCCUCAGCAAGUCGCGGACUAUACUCUCAGUCUCCUUAAAAGGAGGAUCCCCCCAGCUGUCCCUGGAAUCAUGUUCUUGUCUGGUGGGCAAUCAGAAGUUGAGGCUACAUUGAACUUGAAUGCAAUGAACCAAGCUCCAAACCCAUGGCACGUAUCGUUCUCAUACGCGAGGGCUCUUCAGAACACUUGCUUGAAGACAUGGGGAGGACAACCCGAGAAUGUUAAGGCUGCUCAGGAUGCAUUACUUACCAGGGCCAAAGCCAACUCUCUUGCUCAGCUCGGAAAAUACACUGGUGAGGGUGAAUCAGAUGAAGCUAAACAAGGGAUGUUUGUAAAAGGCUAUGUUUACUAAGUUACUGCACUGAAGUUUUUAUGAAGACAAGAAAAAAGGAUGAUGAGCUGAAUGACUAUAGUGAAGCAGAGAAAUGAUGAAUUCUCUCAUAUGAGUUAUUAUGCAAUUAAUAGUAAAGUCAUAGAGAAGAGUAUUUUUGUUUUUGAUUACCUGUACUUUUUUAAUGAACAAGUUUAAUAAACUUUAUUGCUGAUUGAGAUUA